UACAAAAUAAACUGCACUAAAAAAGUAUUUUCUUGAAAAUGACUGAUUCUGAAUCCAAGGAUCAAAAAGGAUCCAAUAAAGAUGACCCCGAAUUGGAUGUUUGUAGUGAUAUAUUUAACCCAUUGAGAGCUUUAUACGAACCUAAUUAUAGAGUAACUAAUGUGGUCCCUAAAGUUCUCUAUCAAAAUUUAGCCGCUUUUGAGAGCGCGCUUAAAAAGUUCGGUAUCUGGCAAUUGAACAAACGUCAGAAGCCGGAUGCUGGAAAUCAGGAAGCUGUAAAAAAAGCAUCUUCCAAGCUAACAGACAUCUCGGAGGUUCCUCAGCGGCGCUUUGAGCCCCACCAGAUGCCCACGACCAGCACCUCGAGCAAGAAACAUCAUCGCAACAUUUUCACAUAUAUGGAGACGACUGUUGGUCCCCUGGAACUCCUCAAGAAGUGCGUAACCUUGUCCAGCCAGAAGGAAACCACUGAUAGGAUACGAGUCCGGGUAGUGAUCCGAAAGCAAGGAUCACUAGGUGGCAGUGUGGAGGGUGAACUAGUGGCCUUCGACAAACAGUGGAACCUCCUCCUAAGAAAAGCCACAGAAACCUGGAAGCGAAGAAAGUACAAUUAUGGAGAGCAAAACAUAUGCGACACACCUGUUGAUUGCACCGACCGCCUAAGGGAGUUGGGGAUCUCCCUACCCAAGACACAAGUCAAAAGUCUAGACCGGAAGAACGUAGAGUUAAAGCGGGAGCUCCCACAGAUCUUAAUACGCGGUGAAAAUGUGGUUUUAGUUAGUUUAAUUCCUAAGGCUACAAGAGUAUAACUUUGUUUGAGUCUCCUCCUUUUUUAAAUUUUUGAAAAAUUAUUAAUUUUAUGGAGUACUAAAUAAAUUCUGUUGUUUUUAGAGCCUUGAGAA